UCAAUUCAAAUGGCUUUGAAGAAUUUUAAAUACAACAUGCUCUUUAAAGAGUUGGUCGGACAAGGAUUACUCUUGGAAGAAUUGGAUGAUUACACAAAAACAGUUUUAAUGCACUUUAAGCAACAACAUUCACGAAAUGCAUCUAAUAUUGAAGCUUCGAUUGAUAUACAAUUGGCAAAAGGCAAUAAGUUGGUGGAACAUGCCGUUAAUGAUAACAUUACAAGAGAAGUUUUAAAAACUUUUUUAAGUAAAACGAUGGAUAUUGAAGAUAUUUUACAAAAAAUCGCCCAAGAAGAGGAAAAAAGGGAUUUAUUAAUUGAUAAAUUUGAUCAACUUGUAAGUGGUUUCGAGGAAAGAUUACAAUCCCUUGAUGAUCAAUUUAGUUUAGAAAACCUAAAUCAGGAACUAUUCGAAUGCUCCACCGAAAAUGAAAUAAAAACAGCUAUAGAUUCCCAAUUAAAGCGUUUAGAUGAUGAUGCUCAAUAUUUGGAGCAAAUCCAAAUCGAAAUUCCUAAUUAUGAGAACUUAAAAAUCAACCGAAACAAUCUUUUAACAAAUAACACUUUGUUACAAGAGAAAGAAAAACAAUUUAAAGUCUUAAAGGAAGCGUUAAGCCAAAUGAAAUUAAGGUUAAAGGAUUUUUAAGUUUACAUUUAAUUAAUAAUAAGUUAAUUCUAUUUAUUUUUAUUUAAUUUAAACAAUUUAAUUUGCGUUUAUGAGCGCCAUCUAUACAUAACGAAUCUAAGUUUAUUCGACGAAUCAAUCAUUUAAUUCUUAUUUUUUGAAAUAAAUUUUGAAUUAAUUCUAAUUAAAAUUUAACUAAUUAAUUUCAAUCAACUUUAUUAAAUUAAUUUGUAAUUAUUAAAUAAUGAUAAAAAAUUAAAUAAAAUAAUUGCGCCAUCUAUAUCAUAAAAAUUGAAUACUUUGACAACUAACUAUAAAAAAAGUGAGGUUAAUUAUAUUCAACCUUGUUUUUCUCGUUUUCCUGUAACAUUUUUAUCACACUUCACUCAUCCCCUUCUCCAACUCGUCGCACUACUAUCUCAAUAAUCAACGGUCAAUCAAACAAAUUAUCAGAUGAAAUAAAUUUUCGACGGGUUUGAAACUUUACUAUUCCUUAUUCUCUCUGUGUCUUUCUAAAUAAACAUUUUUGGUGGUGUUACAUCGAAAUUAUCGCGAUUUAUACAUCGAAUCCGUAUAAAAUUGCGCAUUUGUUGUUGUAAUUAGCAAGUAUAAGUAGCGGGAAGGGGGCAAAGUACGACCGAAAGUCGUCGUUUUACUUUAUAAAAAGUACAGUGCGGAACGGUGAUUGUGUAUUUUUCAUUCAAGUUUCGGGGGCUACGUGACGGCCUCAACAAUAAUAAUGGCCGG